CAAGAAGAAUGUAAAACGAUGAUUAUGAUUGUAAUUGUAAUUAUGCAAAAAAUAUAGAAUUCAUAACUGUGAGGAGCCUACUGUAAAUGUAUUGAUUUAAAAUUGAUUUAUUGAUAAAUAAAAUAAAAAACUAGACUGAAUGUGACCUGUUAGGGAAUUCCUGAUUGAUGAACAAUACAACGUUUGGAAAGUUAAAAGCGAGCGAACGUUUUGAAAUCGGUCCAUUGGCGCAACUCUCGGUUGGGAGGAUAGAAAGGAGUUUGCUUCGGUAGUAAAAUCAAGCAAAUCACGGCUGUCUGCCCCCAGUAUGCAGUUGAAGGCAAAAAACCGCAUCGAGCCCGUCUAUGAUCGAGCCACAUACAAACGACCUCGUGUUCAGUACUGUCCACCACCGAACUGUAAUAUAACAGUUCGAAACAGUGCAAGUAAAUCCUGUUGUAAUUCACGAUCUUUGCCAGUGCGCACGGAGGGCGGGUUCAACUACACACAGCAAUGUGUAAUACAGGGGUAGCCAAUAACUGCUUACGUGCCGAUUUCACGUUGCAAAUUAGGGGUAUCCACAAAAUUGCACUCAGAUUUAAAGCAGUUAGUUCUGUUUUUGAGUGAAAAGCAUUAUUUUGCUUGUCAACUAACUGGACAGUCUGUUUGACCCAUGCACCGGAAAUCAUGAGCUGAUUUAUUUUGAACAUAUAGAUGAGAUGUGAUGUACUUACAGCAGUACCUAAGAUACGAAUCCGCUCUUCCGUAAGACAUAAUUACUUUCAAUUUCGCCACGAUGCCUCACGGAUUCAGAGAGUUCAUUAGCCUUAUUUAGAUACCUAGUUCUGUGAGUGUCAUGGAGAAAGUAAGGAAAAUACUUGUCCAUUUGUCGAAGGAAAGUUCCGUUCCUCAAUGUGCUCGCUUCGUACAGAGUAUAACAGGGCACUUUGCCGGUUGUCAAGAUGACCAGGUAAAGGUGUGCUGUUCUCUUGAAAACAAUCGAUUCCUCUUGUUCGGACACGAGAACGGGAAAGAAGGGACAGAAGUACCCCUCAAGAGAGCUUCCUUCUGCCCCUUCAAGUUCCUUUCGAACACAGAGGCCGCUACGCUUCCAGCGGACGUAGUGAGCAGUGGUGUGGACGUGGGCGUUGCUGUCCUGCUGCAGUCAGUCAACCAGAAGGUGCUGCUCACGCGACGCGCAGCGAACCUGAGGAUUUUUCCCAAUGUGUGGGUCCCACCCGGUGGCCAUGUGGAACUGGAUGAAAGGCUGCUUGAUGCAGGACUCCGGGAGCUGCAGGAGGAAACGGGUCUGAAGCUGGACCCAGAGGCCGUCUCUUCUCAGCUGCUUGGACUCUGGGAGUCAGUGUACCCCCCCAUGCUGUCCAGAGGGCUGCCAAAGAGACAUCACAUUGUCUCUUAUAUUCUUGUACACAGCUCCCUCUCACACCUGCAGCUCCAGGCUGCUCUGUGCCCGGAGCCUGCGGAGGUCAGUGGCUGUUUGUGGGUGGACGCUGACCAGGUCAGAGCCAUCGUGUCCGCUGUGGAUGGAGCAGAUGAUUCUGUGGUGCUGCCAGGAAAUGCGUCGCCGACUUUGUGCAUGUCUGAGGUGUCCCCGGCCGGCCGGCUGAUGGAGGCCACCCUGCCCCUGUCUGUGCUGUGCAGGCGAGCCCCAGCGGAGGGGGAGGAUUGGGAGAGGGUGAGCACAGGCACAAAGUUUGCGCUGGAGCUUUGGCUAAAGACACUGAAGUCCCAGAAGGCAGUCAGCAAGGAGUGACCCACAUGUCUGUCUCGUGUGGUGGGGCUUGAGCCAGCGCGGACUCCUGGGAGUCGGGCAGGAAAUGCUCUGACCGUUUGUGAUGAUUGGUGUAUCGUCCUUACCAGGAGGUCUGGGCGGGUGUGACCGGGGCCUUAUGAAAUAUUUUGUCAUAGUCUGGACUGUGCUGUGCUCCUUUCUGUGGCUUUGAGACCACGUGGAGUCCUUUCAUAAAGGAAUGAAGAGAAAUACAAGGGAAGUGAAGUUUACUUUUGCUUUUGUGUAUGUGUAUGUGCACCUGCAAGCCACAAGGGGGCAGAUCAAUAACAUGAAUAAGAGGAAAAAAAUAUACCAGAAUAGACCUCAACAAUGUUGUAAGUUGUUAUUUAAGUGCAUUUAUCAUAUUUUACCAUACAGUUCUUAAUAUAUACUGGACCCGAAUACCAAAUGUAUGGGCUCUCAUGCAGUGCAUUGAAUGAAAGACUGAACUAAACCUUUUAAAAACAGUUUCUGAGUUAAUGGCAGAUUUAUAUUUCAUCCUUUUUCUGUCGAACCUUCUCAUGUUUAUUUCCUGGACUUAAAUUGUUCAUUUUAUGGUACAGGUGCACAUUUUUUCGCUUGCCUAAUAAAAGAUGGGAUGAUUUGCUGCCAUCUAAUUUGGAUGUAACAGUAGAGAUAUUUCUCUGGAUGUGUUUAAGGGAGGCUUUGCUUGUGCGUGAUUAUGAAUAAGGUUGCAUGAAAAUAAUCUGGUAUCUGCUGGUCAUUAGACAAAUGUGGGCCACUCCCCUCUUCUGGAUAAAUGUGUGGAUGAGAAACCAGGCUUCUCUGAAAUCCUCAGUGUUAUCCAAGUCCCUGUGCAGGGCUACCCGCGAGGCUAUAUUUAGCAUUGUCAUUCAGACUUUGCACUGCUGUUACAGUGCGCUGUACAAUUUAAAAUCGAAUUAAUCUGCUGGGCCCUGCCCUUGUUGCUAGACUCCUAUCUGGUGAGUGUCAUCUAAUCGUUUACAUGGUGUUUCAGCUCACAUCUAUAAUACUGUGAUGCUGGCCUUGGCAGUAUCCAUAUGAAGUGAAUCGGUGGAUUAGUAUCUAUAUAAUAUAAUACAAUCUGUAAAUUAAGACCAGCCCACCCUGAAGCCCAGAAUAGCAGGAGAGUGCUUUACUGUUGCCAUUUAUUUCUGAUUUCCUCAUCUUGCUCACAACCAAAGGGGAGGGUAAGGAGUUUUGAAAAUGAUAGAAAAGAUAAAGUAAAUAUAAAAUGACAGUAAUAAUGUUACUGCAUGCAGUAUUGUAAGAAACUGCCCUGAUGGCAUUUCACUCAGGUAUCUGAACUGUGAUCAUAACCUGUUAACUGAAUGACCAAAUGUGUAUGUGUAUCUGAAGUUGGAUGUUUCUCACUGAAUUAGUGAAAGUACAGUUAUGGAUUUAAUAUUGGAAUUGUUCAUGCUGAAUGUCCUUACAGGUUUAUACAUUUAGAGCGCAGCAGCCAUUGUGGGGUGCACAUUUCCUAUAAUGUGCCAUUAUUGGUGCUGAAAUUAAGUACAUUUCCUUCAACAGAUGAUUGAGACAAUCUCACUAAGAGAGUGUGCUGAGAUGUUUUAAUGAACUGAAUUAUGUUAGACCCAUGGUUUUUAAGAUAUGAUUAGAGUGCUACUCAUUUCUGUUAAGUAUUUGUUUCCUGGUUAUUUUUUUUCCUGGACUGUGAAGUUAUAUGGUUUCUGAUUUCACAUGAACUAACUUUCUAACACCAUCUUAAAAAAGCUUUGCAUUACUUUCUUUUGAUGUAUGAAUGGUUUUUCAUUUGUAUGUCUCAAGUAAUGGUUUCAUAGCAACGCUAUUCACAUGUUUAAUUUGCAAAAAAACAAACGAAAAAAGAAAAAAAGAUAUUGGGCUACUUUUGAUUUUGAUUUUUUUGUCCCAUGUACGUUUUUAUCUCCUCGCUAUCAUUUUGUGUCAAGCGGAGACCAGAAGCUAUGAGUAACUGCCCACAAGGCAACAUUAUCAGUAAAAGCACAUUUAUCUUUGUUCUGGUGGACACCUCUGUUUGAUUUUGCAACAGCAAUAUGAAUGAAGUGUAAUAAAAGAUUUUUACAUUGAA